AUGGAGACGUUUACAAUCCACGACAUGCUCGUCAAUUCUACUGAUCUGAAUAAGAUUUUGUGUAAUUUGGGAAUUAAGAAUAUUUCAGAUUGUGAGAGCGAUGAAGUCCCUUCACCCGAACCUAAAGACAUCAACCAGACCGUGCGUAUCGUGCUCUACAGCCUGAUCUUCCUCCUGAGCGUGGUGGGGAACAGCAUGAUCAUCGCUGUCCUGGUGAGGAACCGGCGAAUGAGGACUGUCACCAACCUCUUCCUGCUGUCUCUGGCAGUCAGCGACCUGAUGGUGUCCUUGGUCUGCAUCCCCUUCACCCUCAUCCCCAACCUCAUGAGGGACUUCAUCUUUGGCACGGGCAUCUGCAAGCUCGUCAUGUACUUCAUGGGUGUGUCUGUUAGCGUGUCCACAUUCAACCUGGUGGCUAUCUCCCUGGAGAGAUAUAGUGCCAUUUGCAACCCUCUCACCUCUCGGACGUGGCAGACCAAAUCCCAUGCUGCCAAGGUCAUCACGGCGACCUGGGUAGCGUCUUUCCUCCUGAUGUUACCGUACCCCAUCUCCAGCACGCUCAAGCCCUUCACCCGCCUCAACAACAGCACUGGGCACAUGUGUCGUCUGGUCUGGCCCAAUGAUAUCACCCAGCAGUCAUGGUAUGUGUCUCUGCUACUCAUCCUCUUCCUCUUCCCGGGCAUAGUGAUGAUGACUGCAUACGGCCUUAUCUCCAUGGAGCUCUACAGGGGAAUCAAGUUCGAGCUGUCGAGCAGGAAGGCCAGUCGGGAUCGCCAGUCCAGCACUGGCAGCAUCAAACCAGGAGACAGUGACGGCUGCUACCUCCAGCCCUCAGGCAAGAAAAAGAGCUUCUCACAUUUUUCUAGCUCCAAGCCUGUGGUGGGCAGAGUCUGUAGUACAAGCCCCACGGCCAACCUCAUGGCCAAGAAACGAGUCAUCCGAAUGCUUUUGGUCAUCGUCUUCUUGUUCUUCGUCUGCUGGACCCCCGUGUUUGUGGUCAACGCCUGGCAAGCUUUCGAUCGCCGCUCGGCCUACCAGCUGACAGGAGCCCCCAUCUCCUUCAUCCACCUUCUGUCCUACACCUCGGCCUGCGUCAACCCCAUCAUCUACUGCUUCAUGAACAAGAGGUUUCGUCAGGGCAUGCUCUCCACCUUUAGCUGCUGCGCCCAGAAACAAAACGGAUCUCUGGGGAGGUCCGCCGGGACAGUUAGAGGAGAGGGGGCGAUACGGGCAAAAGCGGAGCAAAAUGGUCAUACGCCGCCAAGUGGGGCCGUCACGAAGUUUACAUACACAGGAGUCCGAACGUCAACCUGGAAUGAGAUGACUUAAAUUGAAGUAUUUUAUUCAUACAUCGAAUGACUUUUAAGUGAGUGGUGUACACGUAAGAUUGUA